AUGGCUGAUUUGAGCAGUGAGGCAAACUUAAGUCACGAACAUGCCGGUAUCCAAAAGCACGAUGAAGGAUUCAAGAUCGCAAUCUUAACGUGUCUCGGUGUCGCUGCUGUGGUGGGACUUUUGGGUAAUGGACUUGUAGUCGCAGUUAUUUUACGAGCGAAAAAGAUGCGUUCUGUGAUGAACCGCUUCAUACUUCAUCUAGCAAUCAGCGAUUUGAUUGUGAGCACUGUCGCUAUCCCGUUGUUUUUGGUGGUCAACUUCAAAGAAGGUAUCGGAAUGAAAAGCUACAGUUUGCCCAUUUGUAAGGUCGCCAGGUUUUUCCAGUACCUGUCACCCGAAGCGUCCAUGACUUUGCUCAUCACAAUCGGAUGGAAUCGCCACCAAGCUGUUGUGCAUCCAUUAAAUAUCAUGUCAUAUGGCACAGCGAAUAAGCUGAUUCUCGGCGCUUGGGUCUACGCGCUUCUCGUCGUGUCGCCAAGCUUGUAUUUGACUGUAUUAAAGGACGCUCCUCUGGAUCCCAACACAAACGAGACCUUCACCUAUUGUGCAACCAUUCCUGCUACUACUUUACCAGGUCUCAUUUACGUGAUGUUCCUCGGGUUGUUUGGGUAUUUGUUCCCUUUGGCUACCUUAAUCGUCCUAUACGGAAAAAUCUACCGGACAGUUUGGAGAAGGAAGAGUGGCCAGCUAGGAGACUCGCGUCCGGUGGAGGCUUUCAUCCGCAGCCGUAAGAAGGUACUGAAAAUGUUCCUAACGGUUAUUCUAGUUUUUCUUGUCACCUGGCUGCCGUUGUUGAUUUAUAUUAGUGCGAUUGAAUGGACCGUGAAAAGUACCACGAGUCAUGUGGAUUAUGUGCGACUUAUUACGUAUUCGUUGGGAUUGUGUAACAGCAUCUGCAAUCCUUUUAUUUACGCGCUUUUUAACGGGAAGUUUCGAGCUGGUUGCAAAGACAUGUUCACGUGGAGCGUGAACGCUGCGCAACGCGGAAAGAAAAGCCCGCACGGAGAAAACGUGGCGGCGAACGGGGCCAGGCGAAUACGAGAGGCGCAGAACGUGUUUACCAGACGGGGCGGUUUUCAUGGUACUAAGGGAGAUGAAAAUAAAAAACCGAAAAAUUCAUCCAAGAAGGAAGAGGAGUCGACGAAAGAGUCAACGCAAAGUAGCUCCUUGUCAGUAAAUAAUAUUAUUGGGCGGCGUUUUAGAUCACUCACUGAUGUUGACUGUUAUAAAGGCAGUGGCUCGACAGAAGUCAUUGAGUUAGUACGCUAUAAAAAGACCAUGGAUCCUGACGAAGUCUUCACUGACUUUUCGCAAUCUUCACCGAAAAAAAACCGAGCAAAGAACGGCGAUAACCUUGUUAGAUUUGCAAAUGAGGGAUAUUCACCCAUCAUGACCAACGGUGACUCUGAUGCCUCAGGGAAUCGGAAGGUUGAGAAAUCAAAAGACGGAUAUAACAUCUUGAAGGAGGAUCCUGCUUCCCUUAUUGCGGAAAAAAGAGAAAGAACAAAGAGCGAAGGCUAUGAUUAUAAGAAAACCAAGCGAGGUCUCCCAGAGCAAAGAAUUUUCAGUAUGCCUGCUGCAUUUCAUUAA